UGGAUCUUCGUUGCAAAGAGAGAGGAGUCACGAAAUAGAGAGGGAGAGAGAUCGAAGCGAGAGAGAGAGAGAGAAUGGGGUAUUUGGGGGAGAUGGUGGAGUCAAUACGCUCGCUUCAGAUCAGGCACGUGCUCACCCAAAUCAUCAGCCUCGGAAUGAUUGUUACCUCCGCGCUGAUCAUAUGGAAGGGUUUGAUGUGUGUUACGGGGAGCGAAUCGCCGGUUGUGGUUGUUCUAUCCGGAAGCAUGGAGCCUGGGUUUAAGAGGGGUGAUAUUUUGUUCCUGCACAUGAGCAAGGAUCCUAUUCGUGCUGGCGAAAUAGUUGUAUUUAACGUUGAUGGUCGCGAAAUUCCAAUUGUCCACCGUGUAAUUAAGGUUCAUGAGCGACAGGACACAGGGGAGGUUGAUGUUCUCACUAAAGGUGACAACAAUUUUGGCGAUGAUAGACUUCUCUAUGCUCAUGGACAGCUUUGGCUUCAGCGGCAUCACAUAAUGGGCCGGGCUGUAGGAUUUUUGCCAUAUGUUGGGUGGGUCACCAUUAUUAUGACGGAGAAACCAAUCAUUAAGUACUUGCUUAUUGGCGCGCUCGGUUUGCUAGUCAUAACAUCAAAGGAGUAAAGCAUCGACCUCGAGACAGAUUACAGUCGCCCGACUCGGGCAUUUUUCUCGAGAGAAAGUUAAUGCAGUUACUGUAGGAGCAACUAUCCUCUAUGUCAUGUAUCAAGGAUGCAAGUCCACUAAUGUUACAAAGAUUAUGCUUCCUCUUGGCCACUUUACAGUUACUCCUUCUAUUUCCCUUCAAUCCCAAACUAUUAAUUCGCGCAUUUUCUUUAGUGCUUGAUUGAUGUUGGGGUCGUUUGUUUGAACAUUAUUAGUGAAGUUAGUAAGUGAAACUGCAGAUC